UUCCUCCCGAGGCCCCGAAGAUUGCCACAUCUUUAUAGGCCGUCGCAGGCCGUCUUCCGGUCGGGGGGCGGGCCUCGCGCGGUGGCGGGAAAGCGGCGGACCAGGCAGGACCUGUGGGACGCCGACGGGUGGGAAGGGACCUGUCGCGUGAACUGUUCAUCAUGGACGCAGCCGAGGUGGAGUUUCUGGCCGAGAAGGAGCUGGUGACCAUUAUCCCGAACUUCAGUCUAGACAAGAUCUACCUAAUCGGGGGGGACCUAGGGCCCUUCAACCCCGGCUUACCCGUGGAAGUGCCCCUGUGGCUGGCCAUUAACCUGAAACAGAGACAGAAGUGCCGUCUGCUACCUCCAGAUUGGAUGGAUGUGGAGAAGUUGGAACAGAUGCGAGAUCAGGAGCGGAAGGAGGAGACAUUCACCGCAGUACCCAGCCCGCAUUACAUGGAGAUCACCAAGCUCUUGCUGAAUCAUGCUUCUGACAACAUUCCCAAGGCAGACACCAUCCGGACACUGAUCAAAGAUCUGUGGGACACACGCAUGGCCAAGCUCCGCGUGUCUGCUGACAGCUUUGUGCGGCAGCAGGAGGCACAUGCCAAGCUCGAUAACUUGACCUUGAUGGAGAUCAACACCAGCGGGGCCUUUCUCACUCAGGCACUUAAUCACAUGUACAAACUCCGCACAAACCUCCAGCCUUCUGAGAGCACACAGUCUCAGGACUUGUAGCCAGAGGCCUAUGGUGUGCAAGCCCUUGCUGCCUGCUGGUGUCCGAGCUCUAGACCUGACAGGCACUCAGCUCUGGAACCAUGUGAUGGCGGAGAGAUAGGUGUGCAACACAGAUGGAAGCGGUUUGCUACUCCUUCCUGUCAGCCCAGCCACAGAGUUCAACUUCCAUCGGAUGUAGAAACACCAGCUUUUCUCUAAUGAGCAUGGAGUCCUCUGCAUACCACGCACAGCGAGUGUUCAGGCCAGUUUA